AUGGAAGUGGGAGAUGUGAGGGAAGUGGGAGAAGUGGAAUAUGUGGGAGAUGCAGGAGAAGGGGAGAUGUGGGAGACGCUGGCGAUUAAACUUGUAAUUACGACUAGUAAACCUGUAAUAACGAGUAGUAAACUUGUAAUUGCGACUAGUAAACUUGUAAUUACGACUAAAAACAUUAAACUUGUAAUUGCGACUAGUAAACCUGUAAUUACGACUAGUAAACUUGUAAUUACGACUAGUAAACUUACUCAGCGAAAGCGUUACCAAGACAUGAAGAAACCCAACUAUCUGAAACUGCAUGUUGCCGAUCCACCCCAUGCCCAGGAAACGCACGUGGGCACUUGGAUCAGCAUUGUUUGUGCUAUCAGUAGAGGGUCAGUUGCCGGAGUUCCCUUCGGGAAUAACUAUGCCCCCGACAUUUCAAACUUCGAAUUGCAUCAACGUCUACGACUCUUGGAGGACCUUCAGGUGAAAGCUGCGGAGGAAUCCAUGGUGAUGAGGAAAACCGUGGAUACUUAUCAAAAUAUGUUGGGGAAAGUUUUCACGGACUUAACAACAUUAAAUUAUGAAUUCGGAAAACUUCAAAAUGAAAACCAGCUUCUCCAUUCCAGACUAGAUUAUGUUAUGAUGAAAAACAAUGACCUUCUAACACUGUGUGGAAAGAAAUGUAUGGAUCCGGAAAAUCUCGAUCACUUCCGUGAUACUGAAAACAAAUUGGAAUCAGAUCACACAACCGAUCGUAACGAUUCGUAUCCCUUUGUCUCCACUCCAGUGGAAUCUCAUGUAGAUCCCAAUACUUACAAACUGACCAAACCACUACAUUCAAACCCAAAGCACGUCAUCCGUCAAUCACCCGUACCUAUCCUCGGAGCGAAAAGGGUUUCAGAAGAUAUAGGUAUGGAAAUUAUGGUGACGAACAUCAGUCCAUCCACCGGAGGCACCAACGGGGGAACGAAAAUAACACUACUGGGCUCAGGUUUCUCUGGCAACGCUCCAAAUCUCGGACAAGGUUCCCCGAACGAGAACAAGGUGUGGUUUAAGGGAAUGCAAACGUACGCGUGUGACGUCAGUGCAGAUAUGUGUACGAGUACCAUGAUAAUCUGUACAACACGAAAUUUGCCUGAGUUGACGUUUAUCGGUAUUUUUGGUUUGACCUUUCAUGACCUUGACACAGGUUCAGCGUCUUAUUUUUGUGAAGUUCGACCCCUCCAGUGUGACCUUGUGCGACCCAUACCAAUGCAGGGUUCGACAUCUAUGAAACAAGGUACCUACAUUGUAGGAUUGUCUGUAGACGGAUUUAUGGUAUCAACCAACAGAAUCUGUAAUAACACACAAUGUCCCUAUCAGACUACUGCUCGGAACACACCUCUGUUCACUAGUUUUUCUCCUCGAACCGGUCCUCCAGAUACUUUGAUAACAUUUAAAGGAAGAAUCUUCACAUCACAAUAUGAUAUCAAUCCUAUUGCAUCCACUAAUGGACUGGAUGUACGAAUUUUAAGGGUGUUCCUUGGUGAAGACCAAUGCCAGAUGAAGGAUGACUCAGGCAAACUCAAAGAAGAAAUUCUCUGUGGCUCAAGUCAGCACAGCAGAAAUUCUCUGUUGCUCAAGUCAGAACAGCCGGAAUUCUCUGUGGCUCAAGUCAGCACAGCAGAAAUUCUCUACAGCUCAGGUCAAAACAGCAGAAAUUCUCUGUGGCUCCAUGCAACAAAACAUCUAUACGGCCUGGAGCUGGACUCCGAGGAUGCGUACACCGGAACUUUAACAUGUAAAGCUGUCAACAUCAAUAUAGACAACCUCGGUUUUUCCAUGAUAGUUGAUGGCAGAUCAAGAAUACAUCCUGACCUGACCUGGCUCACUGUGAACAACCAGUUAGCUGUGUUCCAGAUGUACCCCUAUGUCGCAUCCAUAAGCCCUUCAGUCGGGAGUGUUAUUGGAGGAACUCUCAUCACAGUGAAUGGAAGAGGCUUCGCAAAGGAUGCAACUUCUGUCCUAGUAGGAGAAUUGGAGUGUAAAGAUAUAAAUGUUAGAUCUACCACAGAACUAACAUGUGUUACACCUGAGAAACCUAGACAUGAUGAGGAACAUCUUUAUGCAGGAUCAAGAGGUGGACUUUGUGAAACUUGGGAUUUAAUCAAGAGUUUUGCUGACCUGGCUGAUGUUCGUUCACUGAGUGAUAAUGAUGUGGGGUACCAGAAUACAACAUUGGAAGACUCAUAUUAUUCCAGCACUUCCUCUGACAGCUUUGUUGUUCGUAUCAGUGGAUUCAUAGUGGCCCCUUUUACUGCCAGAUUUAGAAUGAUGCUGAAGGGAUGUGGCGGGGCCAGGCUGUUUUUCAGGAACAUAGAUGGCAUGAUGAAGGAGAUUGCCAGUAGCCAGGACUAUACAACGAUGGUGGAGUGCGAGUCGUACUAUAACAAUGGCCACCAAGACAAACAGAUUUCUGAUAUCGUUGAAUUACAGGAAAAGAAAUUUUACUACUAUGAGAUUGUGCAUCGCCAUGUCGACGAGUCCUCCUUUGUACAGUGGGGAAUGUUCACAGAAGACACGCCUCCUUUUUCUGGAGUCAAUGAUGCAGAUACGGGAGCACUGAAAAUGGAAGAACAUCAACUCCAUUUUUCCAAGGCUGUUGUCAAAGAAAAACAGGAGCUGACGUUCGAAAAGCUGUUAGAUUCUGAUGAUGAGUACACCGCUGAAGUUCAGGAAAUAAAGAUUGAAAACCCACAGGCAGGCAAAACGUACCGACUGAAGAUGUUUGACACCAUCACAGGUGUUAUUGAUUCCACGGCAACAGCUAAUGUUAUACAGAGAGCCAUUCAGAGCAUUCCGGUUUUUAUGGAAGAAGAUGUAGUGAAAGUGACAGUGACAUCCGUACCUAACUCUCCAAUAUACAGAGUAACAUUGGAUUCUAAAAUUGGUGAUCUACCGAGCCUGGAACCUGUCAAUGUGAUGACGCCUCUAAAAGUCACAGUUGAGGAGAAAACAAAAGGACAAUCUGGACGCGAUACACUGGUAUUAACUAUUGGUCAUAGCAUUACACCACCUCUGGUUCCUGGGCCAACAUCCGCUGAUGAUAUCAAAGCUAAGUUAGAGAUAGGCAUCGGGGCCAGAUGUCCACACUUCCUGACAAAGAAUAUCUUCACUAUCUAUUCUGAAGACUAUGAGAAUAGUCCAAGUUUGAUGAAUCUCGGAGGAAAUAUAGUUGGAAAUAUUGAGCCCUAUUGUGGAAGGUACUGCCUCAAAAAUGCUAAAUACCUAUACUACAAAUCAGCCUCUCGUGCCAGGCCUGUGGGAGACAAUAAGGUACGACAACUAUGGACGUAUCGCUGUGUCCAGUUGAGUAAACUACUAGAUGAGACAAGUGUCUGUAGACAGACAAACAGCAGUCUGACAGCCAUUAGCUUUACAAGUCCUGUCCAAGAUUACUACAUUGAUGUUGUCAACCUGGGGUCAAAGUUCACUAGCACUGAUUCUCCAGAUAUGAUAUGGAAACAGAGAAUGAGCCCUACCAUGCCUUCGGGAGAAAUGAUCGCGUCAGUUGAUGUAAAACGACUUCCUACUGAAGACCAAGAGUUGUCCUCCUUUGUUGUUUCUAUAAUGAUGUACAGUUGUGGUCACACCGUUCCGCUGAUAAAACCUUAUGGUGGACAAGCAAUUUCCAACAACAUUUUUGAUGUGGUUUCAAAGUCCGGAAACAAUUUAAGAGUGAGUGUGAAUCGACUCCAAUCAGCGACGAAACCAAUCGAUGGAACUGUUACGCUAAGAGUUCACAGUAAAGAGAAAAAGGUACCAGUAAGCUGGAGUAUGGAUGAGUCCAGUGUUACAGAUUAUCUAGAGAUCAUUAACUUGGAGGCCAUGGGCUCACUGAAAGUGAUCAAGGAAGGAGAAUGUGCAGACUUCACUUGGACAUAUAAAUUUAUGUCAAAACUAGGAAAACAGAAUUUGUUAGAGGUAAGCCCUCCAUGUGAGAGGGUCUCUUGGACCGAUAAAUUUAUGUCAAAACUAGGAAAACAGAAUUUGUUAGAGGUGGUGGAGACUAAUCCAGUUGGGGGGCCGUUUAAUUUGGAAGUGAAGAGAAAGCGUACAGGGAGAAUAGAGUAUGACCCUUGUACACCAGAUCAGCUGAGAACCUCUCAUCUCAAACCUCAGGUGUCAGUGAUGGUAAAUUCCAUACUGUCGGCCUGUAGUGGGAACUGCCAGUUUGAAUGGACUGAUGAUGUAACUCCGACUGUCACCUCGAUUUCUCCUCUACAAGGUAGAGAGGGUGAACUGUUGACAAUCAAAGGAACUCACUUCAGUGUCCUGACAGGAGACAACACCAUUACUGUUGGAGAUGUGGACUGUCCACUUAACUGUGCAGCAUCAUCAUCAUCCUGUAGUACCACACAGCUUGUCUGUUCUUUAGGGAACGGAUCACCUCUCUCGGGUAACGUGAUAGUCCGAGUAGUGGGUAAAGGGAACGCCAUAACGACUACCAUCCCAAAGUUUACAUACAUGUCCAGUAUCGACAGUUUUACACCACUAAAAGGCAGUACAGCAGGUGGAACUCUCUUGACAUUUACUGGAUAUGGUAUUCCUAGAAAUGUGUCGGUUAUGAUUGGUUCUGCAAACUGUCCAAUAGAACCACUUGUCACAACUUCUCAAUUCACUUGUCGAACACCUGCUCAGGCUUCUGGUAACAAAAAUGUCUAUGUUACAAUUGGUGAGAAACAGGAUUCUAGUCUUCAACAGUUCACUUAUGACUCAAGUUCAUCAGUCACUCCUGUAGUAAAGACCAGGACACUAUCAGUUCUACAUCCGUCUGUGUUAGGUGGAGAAAGUGUUAAUUUUACUGGAAUUGGAUUUAAACAUGGGGUAUGUACAAAACUUGUCCUGGUGAAGUUGGUCAGUCAUGGUCAGUCUGCCAGUGACAUAUCCACUGAUCUGCAUGUGGUCAGUGACACAGAAGCUAAAGCGCUGAUGCCCGGUACCGAGCCUGGCGUCUACACCAUCAAGAUACAGUGUCAACAUGGUUUCGCCUUGAACGAGAACAAUCUUCAGAUUGAGUACCAGUUUGCUAUCACAGCGGUACAUCCACCCGUGGGUUCUGUUUACGGCGGCACCCGAGUGACCUUUAAAGGAGUUGGGUUUGGAGACGACCCCUCAAAGCUCACCACAACCAUUGGAAGCCAUGCCUGUGUGAUUGACCCUGUGACCUUUAGUUCAACUGAGUUCAUGUGUCAGGUGACCAGAACAGGGAAGACACACACCGUCACAAACAAUGGAUAUAGUGCUAAGCUAGGUACUGGUUAUAAUUGGCAUCCCCGAAAUGGUCAGUACUACAUCGGUGACACCAUCCGUUGGUCAUUCAAAACUUCUAAAGAUGAAUUUAAGAUGGGUGUUUAUGAGUUGAGAAAUGGGACAGGAACUGAGGAGAUGUUACAUGGAUUUAACAGUGGAGUUCCUGUUCACCAAGGAUCCUACAAAACAGACCUUAGCAAGGCAGGUGUUUUUUACUUCUGGAGUCGUUAUCUCGACCAGGAUGUUGUGGAUUCUCCAACAAUUUCAUUCCGGGCACAAUUUCGAGUGUCAGAGAAAACAGCAAGCAGUGUACCCAUUACUGUAACAAUCGGAGAGAAGACAAAAUACACAGCAUUGCAUAUUGUAGAUUCAGGGGAGACAAUCGAUUGUGGUGAUUGUGAGUUAUCUGUCCCUGAUUGUAUUCCUCCUGUUCCUUCAUCAACAAGAUUGUUUCACUUCUCAUUCCUUCCAUGUUUGGGGGCUGUCAUUACCUCAGUUUCGCCAACAGUAGCUACAGACAAUGAUGACAUCACUAUAAAGACAUCGUUACCUGGCAACCAGCUGUGUCACAAUGAGGUUACCAUGGGAACCAAGAUCUGCAGAGUCCAUAGACAGAUGGAGGGUGGAUUUGUUUGUCGGAUUGAUCCAGGGACAGAUAUGGUGGUUGGACAGAGUGAACCAAUCACCAUUAGAAUCAAGGAGCUAGGUUACAGUGUUCUUGCUCUGCCAAACCCAAAUUUCCAACUCCGUUCCAGAGUAAUUAGUGCAAGACCAGAGCAAGGCUCGGUUGCAGGUGGAACAACUCUUGUGAUCUCCGGAGUGGGACUCAGUGGAGGCACUCCAAUGGUGGGAGGAGUAGAAUGUGAGAUAUUGGAAGAGUCUUUUACAGAAGUGAAAUGUAGAACACCACCAAUGUCCUCAUCAGCUGACAGAAAUGGAGAUACACGUCGUGCUGUUCAGUUCAUACACAACGACAGUCCAGACGGAGUUCUCUCCCCACAGUUGUCUUUUAGAUAUAUGCAUGCUGUUAAAUUAACAUCAGUUUCCCCAAAAGAAGUGUUUGGAUUAACAACAAUAUUUUUAGGUGGUCACGGUUUCGGUACGGAAAUAAACAAAGUCCACGUUACCCUUGGUGAGGAAAGAAUCAGAUGUGCGGUGAAAUCUGUGAAGGACAAUAUAGUAACCUGUGAGAUUGCAUGUCUUACAGCCGAGCCACAUCUAGUCGAGGUAAACAUUGAUUUCAUCGGAGCAGCUCAGAGCGAUACCCCGUUCUGGAUUGUUGGUCGACCAGCAGUUAGUGCGGUGUCGCCACAAUCGGGGAGUAUAUAUGGCGGCGUUCUUGUCGGUGUAGCAGGUAAUGCUUUCUAUGAUGACGCCACUACUGUUACUAUUGGUGGUAAGGAUUGCCUAGUGUCAGGGACGGUUUCCACAUGUCAACUGGUUUGUGAAUUGCCCCCCACAGAUGAUGUUGCAGGCUCGCAACCUGUGGCGGUCACAUUGGGGUCAACAUUUGUGAUUGGGUCAACAAUUCAGUUUGCUUACAAUCUGGAUAAAACUCCUGUGAUAAGUGGUGUGGAUCCAGUCGAAGGAACUGCUGGACAGGAAAUCACCAUAGAAGGAGAGUUUUUUUAUGCUGAAUCACGAGAAGUUUAUGUUGGGGGAUCAAUUUGUGCUGUUCAGAUAGAAUCUGCCGAGAUUAUUGUUUGUAAGCUUGGUGACCAUGCGGCUGGUUUGACUGAUGUUGUUGUCAUUGUACCUGGAUAUGGACGUUCAGCACCAGAAGGAGAGACAAGCAUGUUUACUUAUUUGUUGAUCGUGGAUAAACAACUCAAUCCAAAAAUAGGCCCUCCUAGUGGUGGUCAGAAAGUCACCAUGUCUGGGGCUGGAUUCAACCCUGAUGCCACAACUGUCUUCUUUGGAAACUCAGAGUGCGACAUCCUCACAGAAUUAUCUUCCUCAACAAGACUUGUGUUCUUAGCACCUCCUGGUUCUGGUUGUGUUGAUGUAGAAAUUGACCAGGAUAACUUGCAUCAAGUUAUAACAGACGGCUAUAAAUAUGAUGAUCCUGCGGCUGACCCUGUCAUUGAGAAUGUCACUCCUCAGUCUGCAGGCACAGCAGGAGGAACUAGGGUCACUAUUACAGGCUCAAACUUUGGGGAUGAUGCAGAUAAGGUGAAGGUGGACACUGCUGGAGUGGUCUGUGUCGUGCAGUCUCCAAUUCAAGACACUUCUGUGAUUUGUGUCACAAAUUCAUCUGGAGGAACAAGGAGAUCUGGAGCUGUUAGCAUGCUUAUUAACAGUAAACCUGCACAGCUGUCUCCCUUUGCACAGGAUGAUGUUCUAGAAUUCCAGUUUGUUGACAAAUAUUCGUCAUCGUUUACAUGGGGUGGGUCAUCGCCUCCGAUAGCGGGAGACAUUGUGGUAGUGUCUUCAGAGAUGACACUGAUGAUUGAUGUGGAAGAAGUUCCAGUCCUCACCAUGCUUGUUAUUGAUGGUGGUACAGUAAUCUUUGAUGAAACAAAGAGCAGCAUUCUUCUACAGGCACAUAACAUCCUCAUCAUCAACCAGGGAAAGUUACAGGUUGGUACGGAAGACAAACCCUACACAAGUUACCUUACUAUAUUACUACAUGGUCACUACCUAGAGCAGACUCUUCUGCCACUCUAUGGCUCCAAGGUGAUAGCUGUUCGGGAGGGAACGCUUGAUCUCCAUGGUAUACCUCGAUCACCAUGGUCAAAGCUAGCAGCCACUGCAGCAAAGGGUGACACACAUAUUGUCCUCAUUGACCCUGUCAACUGGAGGUCAGGUGACCUCAUCGUCAUAGCAACAACAGGCAACAAAGCCUCACAGGAGCAAACAGAAACCAGGAUGAUUGAAGACAUAUCUGAUGAUGGUUACACUCUGACUUUUGUGGAGCCUCUUCAGUUUGAACACUUAGGAAUUACACUGAGACAUGGUGAUCAUGAUUUUGAAGUGAGAGCAGAAGUUGGUCUGCUUAGUCACAAUGUCAAGGUCAUGGGUACCAACACAGAUGCUGUCCCAGAAAAGGCUGAAGCAUGUCAGAAAGGGUUGGAUUCAGGUGAAUUUGCGACCGAGAUGUGUUACAACAGAAGAUUUGGAAAAGAGACUUCAUCAGAUCAGUUUGGAGCACAGAUUUUCGUUCAUGCUGCAGAACCUGACAAUGAUAUGGUCAUUGUUCGUAUAAACAACACAGAAAUUACACAGGCUGGACAGACCUUCGGUAAUGGUAGGCAUCCAAUCCACUUCCAUAUGAAUGGUGACGUAUCUAAAUCGUAUGUCCACAGCUCAGCGAUUCACGGCACAUUUAAUCGGGCUUUAAACAUUCGUACCACUAACAAUUUAUUGGUGGGGAACAAUGUCUUUUACAAUGUGACUGGUUGUGGAAUUUUCCUCGAGGAUGGGACGGAGAUGGGAAACCAAAUGCAAAAUAACCUUGCAUUCCUGGUUAAACCCUCUCCCAGCCUGCAUAGCGAGGACCUCACACCAGCGGCUUUUUUCAUCACAAAUCCAGACAAUAUUAUACAGGACAAUGUAGCAGCUGGAGGAACACACUUUGGAUUCUGGUACAAUUUUGAUAAACAUUCUGAUGGGAUGUCACGGAACGAUAAUUUCAAACCAAAGAAUGGCCCAUUUAGGAAGUUUUACGGUAAUACUGCACACUCCAUGGGAGAGUAUGGACUGUGGGUUUUACAUGAGUAUUAUCCGUCUAACGAAGGCUUUGAUGAAACACCAUCAGUGGCAUUAUUCGAGGAAUUUACAGCAUAUUUAUGUAAAAAGGCUGCAGAAAUGACUGAUGUCAGUGCUCUUCUCAUCGAAAAUCUGUAUUCGCUACAUAAUGAAUUGACAAGUGUAGAAAUCCAAAUAAUGUCGGACCACCACAGUGGAGACAUAUUCCAGGAUCACACUGGUCUUAAAGCUGGAGUGUAUGUAGCAUAUGAUCCCAUGCUUCCUUUACAUCCCAAAUGGGAUGUUGGAGAUGGCUCAGCUGCCAUCACAACUUACGGAGUUGUCUUUCCCUGUGGAAAAGUUGGUAAAGUUGACGGUGUUACAUUUGUGAAUUAUGACACACUUGGCUCAAGUGCCUUUUCAUUUCCAACUAAAACAAGCACCUGUUAUGCUGAUUGUGCUGGCUAUCACUAUAGGGUGACACAGGCAGUGUUUAUCAACACUGUACAACGUGUUCUGUUCCCGUCAGACCGUUCCGGUAUAAUUGAAGACGAUGGCAGCUUAACUGACUCUAAUGAACCAGGGAAGCUGGUGGUUUGUAGUCCACCAUUCCUCAGUGUCUGCACAAAAGAUUUUUCCUCAAAGAAUCUGUUUAACUCUGGCAAUAUGGAAGUCUGCCUUUGCCCUGCUGAAACAGUAUUUCAUCGCCUGACAUUGAAUGUAGAUAGUAUCUCGACAAAAGCGGGGAAACGUCUCAAGGCGACAUACAUGGGAGGGUCUUUCUUUAGCCUCUAUUCUCCUAAAUGUCAGGCACAAAAACAGGGAUGGACCAUGCUGCUGAUGGAGAACAAAAAUGAAAUUCUUUUGGAGUUUGAAGAACCAAAUCAUUUGAAUAACAUAAGCUAUUCAGGAAUGGUUUACGAUUUACAUCAGGAUCCAGAAGACACUGUGAAUUUCCUCAUUUUAUGUCAUAAGAUGAAGGCUAAGCCAGACAAAUUUUUCUACAAUGGAAAAAUUGAAUGUCCAGAAUCGACCUCGGCUUUGACGCCAUCAGACAAGGAUGGAACUUGGUACUUCCACGAGGACACAAAGAGGCUGUGUUAUAUAGUGUCUUCUCUGCGUGAUGAACCUGUAAGGACCUCAUCAUUGGUAAACUCUAAUGAUCACCAGAUAAUGUUGGACACGUAUAAGUGUAAAUACGAUGGCUGUGUAACUCCAGACAGAAGGAAUAUCUCUCCAAGCUGUCACCCUGAUAGCACACAUGUGAUUAAAACAUGGAAACAGUUCUGUAAUGAGCUUACAACACCAAAGAAGUGUGGUGACGGUGCUAAUGUAGAGAUAAAAGCUGGUGUUUGGGUUACCAUGGGAACCACCUCAACAGCAAGACUGAACAAGCUCAUCAUCCGAGGAACGUUAACAGUACAGAAUAAAGCAGAUGUAGAAAUCGUCAUCAGAGCGACUUACAUUGUUAUCAUUGGCGGACAGCUCAUAAUUGGAUGUGAUGAUGCAUUCGUUGGCAAGGCGACUCUUCUGUUGCUAGGCAGUCGUAGGACACCAGUUUACACUGAUCAUCAUGAGAGUGGCGCAGACAUUCCCAUUGGUGCCAAAGUUUUGGCUUCAUUUGGAGGGCUGACCCUGAAUGGCACAGGACCUAAAAUUCCUUGGACUACAUUAGGCAACUCAGCAGCUGUUGGAGACACAUUUGUAACUCUGGCAAUUAGAGUAACAGACUGGCAGGUGAAUGAUGAAGUCCUAAUAACGGCGACGGGUUACAAUGCUAAAGAAGCAGAGAAACGACGAAUAAAAUCUGUCAGUAAUAAGGGAGAGACAACAGUACUGGAACUCGAUGCUGGAUUGAUGUACAGUCAUACAGUUGGAGCGGAAACCUUUAAUGGAACAUCCUACUCCAUCGCAGCGGAAAUAGGAGACCUAACACGAAACAUUAAGAUUGUGGGAGAAGACUACAAUAAUAUUAUGAAGGAAUCAUUUGGAGGGAGAGUUAUCGUAGGCACGUGGGAAGAUACAGACACUGGAGAUAUUUUACAAGGUUAUGCCCGUGUUUGGAAUACAGAGUUUUACCACACAGGUCAAGAAAGCUGGACAAAGUCCCAUGAUCCUCGGUUUUCUAUCGCAUAUAAAGACACAGGUCCCGCUGGUGUACCUGCUACUCCAAGCAGUAUCAAAUACUGUGCCUUCCAUGAUGGAUUCAAUACAGCUAUAGGCUUGUUUGGAGCUCCGGAUUUCCUGGUCGAAAAUAAUAUCAUAUACCACACCGUGGGAGCAUCGAUACAAACAAAGUCCUCCAAUACCAUGCUGUAUUACAACCUGGUGUCUUUGAUGCUGUGGCGAGGGACUUACGGAAACCGUAAUGACACUAAACUGAUGGACUACACUGGGGCUGUUGAGAGUUACACAGAAAUAGACUUAGUCAUGGUGGGAAACCACAUCUCAUCAUCGGAACGAUCGUGUUUAAAUGUUUUUCCACAUCCCUGUGACAGUGACGUUGUUACAUGGAGUGAUAAUGUUGUCCAUACUUGUCUGAUUGGUGUGGCACUGUUCCCUACAAACGAAGGACAGCCGACAGGUGUGGACUGUGUCAGGUACACAGGAAUUACGUCUUACAAGAACUGGGACUACGGCAUGUUCUAUGUAGGAGCUGCCAGUGUGGAGUUUGAUGGUGUGACAUUACUUGACAACGGAGUAGGAAUCUGGGGAAUGGUUCAUUCUCCGAGUGCCUUGUCACAUCAAAUUAUCGAUAAAUACCUAAUGGUGAACAACAGUUUGGUGGUGUUGAGGUCAAGAAACUUUGACUGUAAAAAUGAUGUGAUUGACGGUACAGACAAAAGUUACCUGUUGAGUAGAAACAUUGGUCGAUCUUUCCGUAUAGAAAGUAUCGGGUAUACUGGUAUAACCACCGGAUCGUUCACCAGUUCUCACAAUCAAGGUCCAGUCUUGCCUUUACUAGAUAGUACAUCAUACAACUCUAUUGGUGGGCGUACUGUAAUUAAAGGUACUACUUUUGCCAAUCUCAACAAAUGUCCAAAUUCUGAAGAUCGUGCCAUAUCCACCAGCCCUAACACUGACGAUUUGAUUCACCCAACAUUAGUACAAAACGUCAGAGUGGUUCCUAGAGAUAACAGGAAUAACGACCGCCUGUUGUACAUCCACAAACCAAGAACAGAACAAAUGAACCCUUCCAGCUGCAUUGAUAUGGAAUGUGACGGACACAAGAAGGUGAUGAUCCAUGACAAAGAUGGAAGUCUGCUGGGUCGGAAAGGAACCGUCUUAUCCAUGUCGGAGUCAAUGUAUGGAAAAGAUUUAAAACGAAGCUCGGGUGACCAUAAAAUACCUAAAUCCAUGCUUAUAGACCAGUCUAAUGGCAUUGUUGUAGAUCCCUGGGAGCUGGCUUCAGAAAGAGGAAUAAUUCGAGACCCGACCUGUGUGAAGCAGUAUGCAUGGCAGGCCCAUAUGUGCACACAUUAUGACUACAAGAUGGUGAUUCUUGAGAGUAUGGACUCUGAUACAGAAACUCGUCGUCUGUCACCGAUCGCCCUCUUAGGCGAGACUGACACUUCUCCGCAGGUUGGCUACCUUGACCUAAUUAACGGCCCCAAGGAUCAUGGACAGUGCUUCGACAGCACUUGUCAAAAAAGCAUCUCCACAUUCGCUGUUGUUGUGGCAACCAAUCUAUCCUACAGGUUGUUCUUCUCUAGCAUUCCUCCACAGUGGUUACGUCUUACCAUGCUUCAUUCAGAAAACUCUCACAAGUUCAAAAUUGCAAUUUAUUACUUCAAAGCUAACAGAAUUGAUGUGUUUGCCUUCGGUGAAUAUAUACCACCAAAGAACAGUUACUAUGAGGGUGAGGAACUAAUGUUUUACCUGGAUACAUGCUCCAAUAGGGACAAAUAUAUUCCCACGAUUAGUGAUGACUGCGGUUCGAACUUCUACGAAUCAAGUACGAAACUUCUUCAUUUGAUCGUAUGUGGGAAUGGUAACACUGACAUCAAGGUGUCGCAGGCCGUAUUUGUACACAUCUCAUUACCAACAAUAUCUUUGGAAGACUUGUCCUUAAAAAAUCUGGUGAACGAGUUGGCACAGUUCAUAGGUGUGGAAAGUGAACAUGUUAAGGUGAGAGAAGCCAUCACAGAGUCAGCGUCCCGUCAUAAGAGAUCGUCUGGAACGACCACGUAUGUUGUACAAAUUGCAGAUCAACCUUGUAAUACAACAUCAUGUGUUUCUGAAACUCUGACACUAGAAGCAGCUGACCUUGUCAGUUUAGCCAGCAAACUUGUAAAUGCAUUCCUGUUAGGACAAAUAAGUGACAUUCUGAACGUAACAGUGAAUUCUCUGCGGGUUGAGGAAGUGUUACCAUCCACAACUGACCCAACAUGGCAGACCAUUGUGGACUCCGGUAAUGUCACAACAGUCUUAAAUGUGCUGGACAGUCUGCAGUUUGAUACUACCAUAAUUGAGGAUACAGAAGGCAAUCCUUUCCAACAGCAGCCAGUUCUCCAUUUUGUUGACGCCAAUGGAGAUCAUGCGUCAAUUCUAGGAAUAUCUGCAAUACCAUGGGAAGUGACUGCCUCCUUGAAGACAGGGGCGGGUAACUCAAGUGGCUGUACUCCAACACUAGCAGGCACUACCACUGUUACUUUUGUAGACGGCUGGGCCAAUUUUACAGACUUGUUAAUAACCUGUACAGGAACAGCAUACAUGAUCAAUUUUGAGAUCACAUCACCUACAGGAACUAACUUCUCACUCACCUCGGCUAACUUGACGAUCCUAAGUCGUAAUAUUACAGCUGCUGUAGCGUCGGUGUCCAGUCCUAAAUACACUGAUGAGGCUUUCAAUCUCACAGUUCAUCUCAAAGACAGUGUAACAGAUGCUGUCAUUACAGAUGUCGGGUGGAAGGGUCACACAUGGACUGCCAAGGUUAAAAUCACCCAAAGUUAUGAAUACACAGGAUCACUCACCGGAACAGAAAAUGUGACCUUUGACCUCAUCACCGGCUUAGCAGUUUUUAAUGAUUUGGUACUUGAUACUGCUGGAAUUUUCCUAUUUGCCAUUGAAGUCGUCUCAAUUCCUGCUGAUUACAACUUUACUCUAGAACAAGAAGAAGCAGUGGACUGGUUAGCUAUGAAAUCAAAUGUGACACGGAACAGUGAAAUGUCAGUCAGAUAUAACCUGGACUACAGUGUCUACGGGACAACAGCCUUCGCGAAGGCUACAUGUAACAACAUGAUGGCAAUGAAUUCAGAAAUAAGUCUCAGUAACUGUACAGCUUCUCAAGGGAGUGUUAUUGUGUCGUUUGUGUUGAGGGGAACCAAUACAACUAUAGAUGAUUUCCUGGCCAUGCUGUGUAACAAUAUCAGUUCAAGUUUGUCCUACACUUACAAUGGAACAGUGGUUACCCUAGAUAAAUAUUUACUGGUGGGCGGCACCGAGCCAAGCAACUGUUUCCCUCAGGAUGCUGGGGAGACAGACCUAGAGACAACAUCAUCUAUCCUGGGUAUAAUAUUAGGCAUCCUCUUGGUUUUGGUAUUCUUUCUCAUCAUCGGUAUUGUCAUAUACUGUAUUAAAGCCAAGGAAAAACGCCACCGUCUCAAAAUCUCACAAGUCAGCCAAAUGAUAGACGAGGAUAUACAAGAACCUAUAACAGAAAAACCGCCCGGCCCCCCGGGAACUUUUCUUUUCUCCCCGGACCCAACCUACAGAGAGGAUCCUCCGGAUCAGCUGUUUCGACAGGAUACUUUCAUGGGUUUUCAAGACUACUUUCCAGAAAGACAAAUGCCACCUGUUGGGAAUAGUUUCCGGUUGAGGCCAAAGACGCCAAAAAAAUUCGAUUUCAGCUUCAGUUAA